AGAUAACAGCAGAAAAUAUGGGCAUGACAAAUGGCGAAUAUGUGUAUUUGGGUAUGGAAACCAUGCGAAACAAACGAAUCCUCGGCGACUUUAACUGGAAGUACAACGAUGAUAACGAUUCGACUGCCUUCCGCGCUUAUCAGUCACUUCUUCUCGUUCAGCCAAAAAACGUUGAUAUGGCUCCCAAUUUUGAUCUCGGGAUGGAAUUUAUUCGUCGUUCGGCACGAGAAUAUAAUUUCACGUACAACAUUACCGAUCAGGUGAAUGAGACUGAAUGGAUCUACUGCAAAUUUAUUAACGAAUCGCUGUCACGAGGAGAGGAAGUAAAUUACCAAGACGGCAAAGCUUUAGCACGCCUUUUCCUGAAUCGAAGUUAUUCUGAUGAAUACGGCAAAAUGUACAUCGACAACACUGGACAACGGCGUACCGACUUCGUUGUCACCUACUUUAACUCUACCGGAAUACGCACACCAUUUUUAACCAGAACGGGUAUGAGCGAAAUCUUAGUGGAGGUCGUCAAUUUAACAAAGUGGGCUUCUGUGGGCGCUGAAUUUCCUCCACUCAAUGAACCGGCGUGUGGCUAUUUGAAUAACAAACCCAUAUGUUGGCAUACUGGUGAGGAUAGUAGAUAA